AUGGCCUCAUUGCAGAAAAACCACAGCUUAAACUCUGAGUUUAUUAUCUUGGGCCUUGGGGACCUGGCCGACCUACAAAUCUUCUUUUUCGGACUCUUUCUAAUCACGCAUCUUGUCACCCUAACAGGGCACACAACUAUUGUGCUCAUCACCUUCAUUGACUCUCUCCAGACUCCCAUGUAUUUCUUUCUUCGCAAUCUGUCCACCAUUGAAAUUUGCUAUAUACUGGUCAUUGUCCCCAACAUGCUGGCCAAUUUCCUGUCCAGGAGCCAGCAGAUUCCCUUCCUGAGUUGUGCCCUGCAAAUGCACCUCUUCAUUGCCCUGGGUGGAGCAGAGUGUUUCCUCCUGGCUGUGAUGGCUUAUGACUGCUUCUCGGCCAUCCGCAACCCCCUACACUACACCCUAAUGGUGACCAGGGCCCUCUGUCUGCAGAUGCUGGCUCUGACAUGUGUCAGCAGUUUUGCACUCUCACUCACCCUUACGACACUGAUAUUCCUCCUGCCCUUUUGUCGGUCCCAUGAGAUCAAUCAUUUCUUCUGUGACAUCCCUCCUGUGCUAUUCCUGGUCUGCUCGGACAUGAGAGCCAAUGAGAUUGCAGUCUUCCUGGUCUGCAUGCUUAUCCUGUUGAUUCCUUUCUUGCUGAUCCUGCUCUCCUAUGGAUUCAUUAUCACUGUCAUCCUCAGAAUCCACUCAGCUGAGGGCAGGAGCAAAGCUUUCUCCACCUGUGCUGGGCACCUCCUGGUCUCUCUUAUGCACAAUGGCUGUGCCAUAUUCAUCUACAUUCACCCGAAGUCAUGCUGCACUCCGGAACAGGACAAAAUCGUGUCCUUAAUCUACACCAAUGUCACUCUUAUGCUCUAUCUCAUGAUCUAUAGUCUGAGAAACAAGGAAGUCAAGGGUGCCCUCAGGAGACUCCUGGGGAGCCACAACCAGAUGAGGCAGCAACCCAAUGCAAGGUGA